AAAUAAAACGAGUGAAUGUUUCUGCGACAGUUUCAGAACACCACACGAGUUUUGUUCGCAGCCGUUACGAACUCAGAUGAGCGGUAUUAAUGAUUGCAUAAUGCACCGUCACGGUUCAACUUUGACCCACUGAGCAGCGCAGUGCUGGAAAGAUGUCGUCCAAGUCGAAGAAGCUGGUGGAGCUCUUCUACGAUGUGGUUUCUCCCUAUUCCUGGCUCGCCUUCGAGGUCAUGUGUCGGUACCGAACCGUGUGGAACAUUGACUUGAAGCUGAGACCCGCGUUCCUGGGGGGCGUCAUGCAGGGAGCCGGGAACAAGCCGCCUGGACUCGUCCCAAACAAGUUUCUGUUCAUGACUCGGGACCUGGAGCGUCUGGCGGAGUAUUUCAACGUCCCCCUGAAGCCGCCGUCUGAUCCCUUUGAGGCCAUGUUCCAGAAAGGAUCCUUGUCUGCCAUGAGAUUCGUAACGGCAGUCCAGCAGACGGAGAAGGACGGAGACAAACGAGUGGAGCAGGUGUCCCGAGAGCUGUGGAGAAGAAUCUGGAGCCAAGACCAAGACAUUGUGGACCCGGAGUCCCUGACCCAGGCUGCUGUGAGAGCUGGACUCUCCGAGACGGAGAUUCAGGACCUUCUGAAGCUCUGCUCCACCCAGCCCAUCAAAGACCAACUGAAGACCCAAACUCAGGCGGCGCUGGAUUACGGGGCUUUCGGCUUCCCCAUGAUAAUUUGUCACCUGGACGGGAAACCGGAGAUGUUUUUCGGGUCGGACCGGUUCGAGCUGAUGGCUCACUGCAUGGGUGAGAAGUGGCUGGGACCUGUACCGGACCAGCCGACGGCCCGACUGUGAGCCGGGCGGCGCCAGUCCUCCUGUGUGUACUGGCUGACGCCACACUGCAGCGUCGCCUCUCAGAUCUCAUUCAUUCAUCCGUGAUCUUCCCAACUAAAC